AUGCAGUUGAGGCAUGUCAAGCUGGAGUCUUUUGGUGAGGAACCAGAAGGGCUCCUAAAAUUCAAGCUCUGGUUGAAUUUCUGCCUAUGUGAUGAGGUGAGGCAAGGGCUUUUCUACUGGGUGAAAUGCAGUUCCCCUGUUGAAGAAAGUCAAGCGGCUAUGGGACAGGAAAGCUCAAGCAGCCAGCAGGGACAGGUGAACACAGUAUCAAUCAACAUCAGGAGGACAGGGAGCAUGAAAAGGUUGGGAGAGACACACAACGCUGGAGACCUGCAGCAGGAAGUAGUCUCUGAGACUUCAGACUCCAAGAAGGACUCUCUCAGUCUUAGGAAUUGGUAUGGAGUCCACUAUAUGUCUACCAUGUCUUGCAGCAGAAUGUUGUGGGAAGAGGGGAAUAUUUGGGAGUACAAAGAGAGAAUAUGGACACAAGAAAGGAUAGAGAAGACAGAAGAGGAACAGAGUACCCUUGAAGAACUUUUCCCAAUUGCUAGGAGACAUCACCAAAUCUCCAUGGAAAACAAUCUAGGAGUUUGUGGGCAUUGGGAUAUUCACAAAGAGAGGACCCAGGUUUAUUUCCUAGCAGCCCUCAAAGCAUCCCACAACCAUUGUACCUCAGAUUCCAGUGGAUCCAGGCAUCCCAUGGAUCCAGUGGAUCUGUUCUGUGCAGGACUGGAUGACAUACUACUGACAGCUGCAACUGGUAAUUUGCCACCAAUAUGCCGUCCUCCUGGUUACACAUCGCAGGUGGAGGAAGAAAUUGUUCCUCAGACAUUUGACUACCACAUGCCCCUGACUGCUCCUGCGAAGCAGGUCUCACCCUUCAUAGCACCGCCACUGCUAACUUUCCCUCAGGCCUCUCAGCUUAUGUAUCCCCCAGUUCAUGGGGAAUUCCCAAUACCUUACUUCCAAGAAGCUGCUCCACAGCAGAUGCCACCACCUCCGGCACUACCACCAUUACCGCUGCGACCACCACCAGCAACAUUUAUAUACCAGGAGCAUCAUGAAAACAAUACAGACUACAGACCACAACCCUGCUGUUCCAACCUUGAAAAGCCUGUGGUUUCUAAUAUUCAAACAAGAUCUGCUACUGUUUCAUGGACUCUGACCUGUACUGAAAAAUGUGAUCAUAUUAAUUCUCCUGUGACAUUUGAAUUGGCACUGUCUACCAAUGGUAGAAAUGAAAUAUACAAAAGUAUUUAUAAUGGUAAUGAGAGUACUGUGGACCUACAUGAUCUCCAGCCCUGCACAGUCUACUUUUUAAGAGUUGCAGCUAUAAGAGGCACAGAGCACAGAAAUGUGUCUGAAGUGGUUAGUUUCACAACACGUGGCUGUGAACCGGACCCUCCACAUGCACCCAAACUAAUUAGUAGAACCAAAGCCAGCCUGAAUCUGCAGUGGAAAGCUUCCAAAAAUAAUGGAUCCAAAAUAAGCAGCUUUCUUUUGCAAUGGGAUGAGGGUAAAGGUGAAGAAUUCAAAAGCUGCUAUAGUGGUCCCAUGAAACAGCACGAGAUCUUUAAUCUGACUGCUUAUAUGAAGUAUGUAUUCAGAUUAGCUGCCAAAAAUCACUUCGGUUUCAGUAAUUUCAGUGAAAUAGCCGUCUUCUACACAUCAGGAAAUACACCUCCGGCACCGCUGCCACCUAAGUUGAAAGAAGCAGGAGUCUAUAGUUUGUGGCUGGAAUGGUGUGCCCCAACAAACCCAAACCCAAAUGACACUCUUACUUACGUACUCGAGAUGGAGGAACCAAGAUCUAGAUUGGGUUUUAAACCUAAAUACAAUGGAGAAGAUCUCUCCUGCAUUGUAAAACAUCUUCAAAGAAAUACUACAUACAAAUUUCGGAUUUUUGCCUGCAAUCGGGAAGGUAGAAGUAACCCCAGUGAAGAAAUAAAAUAUUCUACUUGUCCAGCCAAGCCUGGAUAUCCAAAGAAACCAUAUGUAGUGGGAGCAAUCCAUGCACACCAAGUAAAAAUUGCCUGGGACUCCUUCAGUGACAAUGGUGGAAUAUACAUUUCACGUUACAGUUUAGAAGUCAGUAAAAAUUCAGACAGUGCAAAUCUCUGGAAGAUAAUCUACAAUGGCACUCGCCAGGAAUUUCUGUACGAUGGCCUCCUGCCAGGCACCACAUAUAAACUGAGAGUCUUUUGCACUUCACCUGUAGGCCAAAGCCAGCCUUCUGAUGUACUGACAAUUCAGACACCCACUACACCUCCUGUGUUUUGUCGCUCACUGCUGUUAAACAGUAAAACCAAGUGCAAGGACACAAACCUUCUCCUUGACAAUCAUUCCAUUAAUGGAAACUUGGAAACAGUUGUGCGUGGCAAAAGAGCAAAAGGUCCCCGGAAUGACAGAAAGGAGUAUCCAGGCUCUGUAAAGAAAUGUACACUUGGAUCUCCUUCAAUGAAGUGUGAAACUGUACCAGCCCGGCACCCUCCUUCUCGUUGGGGUACACCUGUGCUAACCUGCAAGGGUCCAACCUGUGUUGUUGUCAGUUGGGAGAUUCCUAAAUGCAAUGGUGCUGAAAUCACUGCUUACAGACUGCAGUGGGGACAAGAUGAAGAUUCCAUGCACUUGAUUUACACUGGCCCUUGUUUGCGGUAUGAAGUCAAAGGCCUUAUUCCAGCAACCACGUACUUUUGCAGAGUCCAGGCUGUCAAUAUAGUUGGGGUUGGAAUGUUUGGAGGAACUGAAAAAGUAAACCCACCCGGAACUGUACCCGCCAUAGUUCCAAUGUUACAAGACGUUGAAGACAAAGUUCCUACCAAGCUGGCUUCAUCUUGCAUAGCUAUCCAAUGGAAGGAGCCAGACUGCCAUGGCUCUCCAAUCACUGGAUAUAACAUCAAAUAUGGAGAUAGAAAAAUCUUGACUGUUGAUAGAGUAACAGAGUAUGUUCUGAAAAAUCUACAGCCUAAUACUACAUAUAGAAUCAGAAUUCAAGCUAUUAAUCAUUAUGGACUAAGCCCUUUUAGCCCAUCAAUAAGAAGCAAAACCAAACCAAUACUACAGAAGCCUCCACAGCUUGAUUGUGUGGCCCAAGGACACCAGAGUCUCAGACUCAAAUGGGUAAAUGUAACACAGAAACAAUCACAUGCCAACUUUAUAAUCUACAACUUAUUAAUGGAAGACCGAUCUGGCAGAUUUUCUGUUAUUUACCAUGGGCCUGAUCUGACUCACAAAGUGCAGAAAUUGAGUGAAUAUACACAAUACAGAUUUAAAAUCCAGGCAUGUAAUAAAGUUGGUGAGGGACCACAGUCUGAUGUCUACACUUUCACGACAACAAAAACCCCACCUGGUGCUCUUAAAGGGUCACCUGGCCCAUUGGGUUAA